AUGUUUCAACUCGGAAGUCACGCCUCGGUGGCUCGGAUAUUAGCAUCAUUUGCUGUUAAGUGUGGCCACGCAGAGUUGCGUGGCGAAUUUGUUCAUUGUCGACUUCCGUGCAGUCAAAAGACCAUUAAAGUCUUCGAGAUCUGUUUUAAAGCCUUGCUAUGCGGUUAUUUGUUCACGAGUGUUGUUAAAUAUUUCAAUAACUCUAUGAAGAUGGUUAUAGCCAGCCCUAUUGUAUCACUCCUUAAGAGAGUGCCAUUCAACACGUGGGAAACGCACAUACUGAAUGGCGGAUACAAACUGACCUGGAGUGACCAGCGGAAGCAAAUGUCCAUUCGAAACGAAAACUUCAUCAAUUUUUUUUUGAUGGAGGCAAAGACGAAACGUCCCUGUGCCUUCUCAAAACCAAGACAAUUUUAA